AUGGAGCCAGUCUCGCCACAGGCCAACCAGGGACUCGACGACGGCCCGCCCGUCCCCGCCGCCUUCAUCCCGUCCCACACCGCGCCCGAGAACGACGGCGCACUCGGCCAGACGCUGUCGGAGAUUGAGGCGCACGCGGACGAGAACGACGUCAAAGACGAGGAGGGCGAGCCGGCGGACGACCAGCCCGAGGAGGUCGGCAAGGAUCCGGAGCAGGACCUUGAUGAGGAGGAGGAGGGUAGCGAGAACAAGGACGAGGCCAAGGGGGAGGCAGAGGACGACGAGGACGACGAAGAGGACGACGAUGAAGAUGAGGACGAGGACGAUGACCGUCCUCGCAAGAAGCGGAGACGCAGGCGCGGCGGGAACCAGUUCCUCGAUAUCGAGGCCGACGUCGACGAGGACGAGGACGAGGAAGAGGAGGAAGGAGAGGAGGGAUUCGUCGCCAAUGACAACUUCAUCGUCGAACGCCGCGAACCCCGCCGCGAGGCCGACGGCGGCCUGCCUGCAGGGGAGGACGAGGGAGACGAUGGAGGCGGAGACUUUGACGGCGACGCGUCGCACAGGCGGUUGGACCGCAGGCGGAUGGCGCAGCGCGACAGGGAGGCGGCCGAACUUGCAGAGGCGCUCGACGCGAGGUACAAGCGGAACAAGUACAGCACGUCGGGCGCGGAGGACUGGGCACCGAAGGCGUUGUUGAUGCCGAGUGUGAACGACCCGUCCAUCUGGGGCAUCAAGUGCAAGAUUGGACGCGAGCGCGACCUCAUCCUCUCCAUCUCUCGCAAAGCUGCCGCCCUCGCCGCUUCGGACGGCGCGCCCAUGCAGAUCAUCUCGGCCUUCCAGCGCGACUCGCUCAAGGGCUACAUCUACGUCGAGGCUCGCUCCGAAGCUCACGUCCGCAACGCCGUCCACGGCCUCAUCGGCUUGUACAUCAACGGGCCAAACGGAAUCUUCCUUGUCGACAUCGAGGAGAUGCCCGACCUGCUCAAAACGAAGCAGAAGAAGGUCGACCUCCAGGCGGGCGGAUGGGUCCGCUUCAAGCGCGGCAAGUACUCGGGUGACCUCGCGCAGGUCAUUGCGCCGUCCGAGAACGGAGACGAGAUCGCCGUCAAGUUCAUCCCUCGCAUCGACCUGACGCCGAAGGACGAGGCGCUGCAGACGGGCUCGGACGGCAAGAAGCGCAAGAAGGGCUCGUCCAUGCCCAUCGCCUUCCGCCCGCCCCAACGCCUCUUCAACGCCGACGAGAUCAGCAAAAUCUACGGCGCCAAGGAGGUCACGCGGCGCGGUGGAGGGUUGUGCAUCUUCCGCGGCGACGACUACGUGAAUGGCUUCUGCGAGAAGGACAUCCGCCUUUCGGCCCUCACCACCGAGAACGUCCAGCCUACGAUCGACGAGCUCACGCGGUUCCAGGGCGAUGCGGCGAACGGCGCCGCGGGGGCGGACGGCUCGCUCGACUUGACGCAGAUCGCCGACGCGACUCGCACGCUGUCGAAGACGAUCCUCCAGCCUGGUGACCAUGUCGACAUCUUCGAGGGCGACCAGAAGGGCGUUUACGGUACCAUCGAGUCGAUCCUCGGCGAGUCGGUUGUCGUCGUCCCGCACGCCGACCUCCAGCUCGAGGGCACCAAGAUCGAGAUCCCCGCUCGCAGCGUCCGCAAGCGCUUCAGCCCCGGUGACCACGUCAAGGUCAUGCAGGGCGCGAACGCGGACGAGACGGGUCUGGUCGUCAAGGUCGAGGGCGACGUUGUCACCUUCCUCUCGGAUCUCUCGUCGUCCGAAGUCUCCGUCUUUGCCAAGGACGUUCGCGAAGCGGCCGAAGUCGGGUCGGGCGUCAAUGUCAUUGCCGGCUACGAGCUGCACGACCUUGUCCAGCUCGACCCGCAGACGGCCGGUGUCAUCAUCAAGAUGGAGCGCGACCAGUUCCGCAUCCUCGACCAGACGGGCUCGGUUCGUGCGCUCAGGCCGAGCCAGAUCAGCGGAAAGGUCGACUCGAGGCACACCGUUGCGACUGACAAAGAGGGCUACGACAUCAAGGCCGGCGAGGUCAUGAAGGAGACGCUUCCGAACAACCCUACGAACAGCCGUCGCGGCAAGGUCCUGCACGUCUACCGCUCGCUCUACGCCUUCCUUCACUCUCGCGACGUUCCCGAGAACGGCGGUGUCUUCGUCGCCUACUCCCGCAACCUCGAGUCGACUGCGCCUCGACCAAACAAGCCCAAGAUCGGCACCGGGUUCGGCGGCGGGAUCGGCAGCGGCAUGAACCCUGAGCGCGCGGCGAUGUUGGGCAUCAACGGAGCGCCUCAGCAGCAGCCGCAGGUCGCGACGGGUGUCAGCUUCCGCCCCGACGGUCGCAUCAACCGCCGUGUCGCUGUUACCAAGGGAACCUACAAGGGCAACGCAGGCAUCAUCAAGGAUGUGACGGGCAACCAGGCUCGCGUCGAGCUGCAUUCAUCGAACAAGGUCAUCACGGUCGACCUCGGCAAGCUCAAGGAGCAGAAGGACGAUGGCACCCUCGUUGAGCUGGUCGAGUUUGCGGGACGCGGCGGCGGUGGUGGUGGGUACGGCGGCAGGAACGGCUUCGGGAGGGAAGGCUCGUCGUUCUCGACGGCGUCGAAUAUGGCGCCGCUCGGCGGUGCUGGUUACGGCGGCGGCUACGGAGCUCGCGCGGGCUCGCAGGCGUCGAGCGGGUACGGCGGUGGAACGGGGAUGUAUUCGGGCGGCAAGACGCCUGCUCCUUACGCUGGUGGCAAGACGCCUGCGCCCCAGUAUGGCGGCGCGACGCCCUUUGGUGGCGGUCUGACGCCCUUCGGCGCAGGCGGAGCGGGCGGCGUGACGCCUCAUGGUGCUGGCGGCGGAGCCUUCGACCCCUCCGGCCGCACCCCUGCGUACGGCGGUGGCGUCUCAAGCGCUUGGAACGCCAGCUCUCGCACGCCCUUCAUCCGCCCCGGAGGCGGCGCCAGCGACGCCUUUAACCCUUCCUCUCGGACGCCCUACCACCCCGGCGCAGCUCCCGCUCCCGGCGCCGGCACGACCCCCAAUCCGUACGCCAACGCGGCUGGCUUUGAUGGUGGCCGUACGCCCGAUCCUCGUCGCCUGGCAGGCGGACGCACGCCUUACGGAGGAGGCAAGACGCCUGCGUACGGAGCGAGCGGUGGCCGCACACCUGCGUACGGCGCGCGGAACGGCUACGGCGCAGCGAGCGCGCCUACUCCCGCCGCGACUGGAGCGCCGACGCCUGCUGCGACAGCUGGAGGGUCAGGCUGGGACGACGACGAGUGGGGAUCGGGCGGCGGCGCUGCGAGCGCACCAACUCCUGCGGCGCCCCGAGGCGGCGACUACAUGGGCGCGCCGACGCCUGCAGCGGGCGCUCCUACGCCUGGAGCGUUCCUCGGUGCACCUACGCCUGGCUUCACCGGCGCACCGACUCCCGCUGCCUACCCCUCUGGCCCGACACCCGGUCCAAGCGGCUCGUACGGCGCUGCAGCUCAGACGCCCGGGAACGCCGAUGGCUACCCGUACCAGACUCCUGGAGCGUACGCCGGUGCGGCGACGACUGCGGCUGAACCCAUCGAAGAGCGCGAGAUGCAGGGCGGCAUUAUCAUUCCGCACCCAAGCGAGUGGGUCAUUCCCGGCGUCAAGAUCAUUGUCAAGGCGAGCGGAUUCCAGGGUGGCAGGUUGACGGGCCAGCACGGCAUCGUCAAGAGUUCGAGCUCGACGACGGUCACGUUCACGCUCGAUCCGUACGGCGACUUGAUCGAGGACUUCCCGAUUGGCGACGUCGAGCCGAUGCCACCGUACCAGCCCGACCAGCAGGUCCUCGUCAUCGCCGGCGACUACCGCGGCGAACGCGGCAUCACCCGCUCGCAGGAUGGGGAGGACUACUGGGUUGAGCGUCCGGGCGACAAGCCCUCGAUGGUCGUCAACGUCGCCUACCUCGUCGAACUCGCAUGA